CYCAAACGYCSWAAGUUUUUGGUAAAUUCCAUUCAAUUCAAGUGCGCAAAUUCCGGAAAAGAUGAUCUUAACCACACUUAACAUUGCCCCACUAUCAGCGCAAUCUAGAUUUCUAGAUAAAUCCAGCUAAACAUAAAACAUGUUCAGACGUGCUCAGUUUCGACUGCAGUUAACACCUAGAGAUACCAGUUUUUAUUGCUGCCAUUCAGCGCAGAACAUUCAUUACUUUAGUCGAAAAUCAGAGUUAACUCAAUGACUGAUCGUAGGCCUACUUCAACGCCUGAAGGCGUAGCGGAGGCUGAAACCGUCCAAAGUACUUCAAGUUCAAGUAACGCAACGCCUUUAAUAGUUGCCCGUAGAUCUGAAACAUCAGCCAGCCUUCAAUUGGCUGCUCUGAUCAGCUUUAUACUGAGAACGAGCCAAACUGACCCAAAGAGACUCCCCACUUAUAAGCAAAUUUGUAAGCAAUUGUAUAAAUUGGGAUUGAUAAACCAAAGUUGGAGUACGGCGGAACUGGAAGGAGCCAGAAUCCAGUAUGAACAGCAAAUAAUUCGGUUGUUUAAUGGCAGCCCUACGAGUCGCCCCAGUACUUCGCUCUCAUUCAUCACUGAUUAUCAGAUGAAAUCGCAAUUUAAGAGGGAGUUCCAUGAAAUUGGGGAAAUCGGAUCAGGUGGUUUUGGACAGGUAUUUCGAGUAAAACACAAACUCGACGGCAGGGAAUAUGCAGUUAAAAAAAUACCCAUUGCCACCGAAGAAAUGGAUUCGGUGGAAACUUAUCUGAGCGAAGUGAAGACUUUAGCUGCACUGAACCAUCCGAAUAUUGUUCCGUAUAAAGCGGCUUGGCUCGAACUGCCUUCCCAAACUGAUACCAUUGGACGGUCGUCAGGCGAUCAACAACUUCUAAGUGAAAGUGAAGCAUUCACGACAGACGAAAGCAGCUCUCUAAUUAAUGAUGCUGAUCUGCUCAAAAAACACAAACGCAGCGAUUCCGCGCCAAUCGACAAGGCGAUUGUUCAGAAACACAAACCCAAAACAGUUCCAAAACUGCCUUGGGUCACCCUGUAUAUUCAGAUGGCCCUUUGCCAAGGUACCCUGGAUUUAUGGCUAUCCUGGAAGAAUAACAGGUUUACAUCCAGGGCGGCGCUUGUUCCUUCAAACGCCCACCUCGUAAGGACUGAUGCCAUUCGCCAAGUACUGAUUCAGCUAUUGAGAGGCGUGGACUAUAUUCACUCGAGAAACAUUGUCCACCAUGACAUUAAGCCGGGGAAUAUUUUUGUGAGUAAAGAACGGGAUGAUCUUUUGGUUCAAUUGGGCGAUUUUGGACUGGCAUGCCAUUUGCAUAGAACGCAGCAGCACAAAUUCGGUGGGGGAACUCCGAUGUAUGCCGCCCCAGAACAACUCGAAGGAGUUUGCGAUUCCAAGAGCGAUCUAUACUCGGUAGGAGUGGUACUGUUCGAGCUGCAAGAAGAUUUUGCAACUGGCAUGGAACGAUGCAGGAGAAUCGAGGAAUUGCGCAACGCGAAUCAUCCUCUGCCUUCAGAGUUGACUUUGGACAACUUGGUGCCUGCUUUAGUGCGACAUCGGGCUGAUGAACGCCCCGAUGCUAGAAAGGUACUUCGAGCCCUGGAAGAGCCCCAUGGUGCGUCGUUUUGCCAGGCCUUAGACCAGCUCAAGGAGAAAGACGCUGAGAUCGAAAGGCUGCGGGGACUGUUGGAACAGAACGGUAUACAAUAUUAACUAUGCAAUUGCCGAUGCUUGAAACUGAUGACUUUUUCGACCCGAAAAACUCAAUGUGAUAUGUAUUUUUGUUACUUGCGUGUUCUUAGAACAUUGCCGACUGAUUUUGACGUCCUUUAUACAAAAUAAACUUUUUACAAGUGG